GUUCGCGGGAUUAUUAUGCGUCGUUCCUAAGUUGUCUAUUGAUUGGUUUUGUUUUCCAAAGGUUGAUGUUCCCCUGUUUGAUGGGAAUAAUGCAUCGGGGUGGCCAGAUAAAUUCGAACAGGUGGGGAACUGUUACGAAUGGUCAGAUGAAAAAAUGUUGCGGAUGGUGAAGAGGUACUGCAAGGUUGAGUAUAGGGAUGAGGUGGGAGAAUUUGUACAAAAUUCACGAAGUUGGAAGAAAUUCAAGGAGAAACUAUUAGAAAAGUAUCAAUUGGGGGAUCAAUUGCUAGAUUUGGCUGACUUGCGAAAGAUUAGUCGACGAAGCUUUGGUACGACGAAGCAAUUCCUUACGGAAUAUGAGCGGGUGGUACGGUUAGUCCCCGAUCUUUCAGAUAAGGAUCGCUGUCUCAUCUUCCUGGAUAAUUUUACGGAGGUGGAACAACGAAAAUUGGUAAAAGGGAUGCAGGAGCGAUAUGACUGGCCAAAGAUACGGGAGAACUUGUUGGCAGAGAACUUUGACCAGAUCCUCUAUCGUCUACUGAAGCAGCAGAAGGAGGAUCGGGAAAGAGUGCAUUUAGGGGCAGAUAAGGACAAAGAGGUCUAUAAGACCUUAGCUAAAAUGAAGGAAAUGAUAGUCGAUAUGAGAGAGGAACGGUUGAAGUUCCAAGUGUUGGCGGUCAAGGAUCAAAUUGUUUUCACAACUAUUCGAGGCGAAGUCUUUGACUUCGAGGGGAAUCUUAUUGAUUCCAACAUUGAAGGGGGGAUGAGGAAGGAAGCCUUCCGACGGAUGGGUCGUCCUUUGCCUGCCACGUUCCGACUAGCCUCGCCAGAAGAGGCCAAUCUUUUUGAGUUGGAGGAGGCGAUGGCUUCCUUAGAAGUCUGUGAUUGUAAAGAAGAAAAAUUGGAAGAAAAGAAGGAGGACAUUGCUCGUCGGGCCCGGGAGGUGACCAAAAGAUUGGGCAAGUGUCGGGACUCUAUUGUCCGACUGUGCGUUGAUAUGGAGGAAGUUUGGCCCAAUCUUCCAAACGUAUUCCUCUUUGGGGGAUCAAGCAGUGUGGGUCAGGAUGGGUCAGUUUCUGCAAAUGCUCCAACACCAGGAGCAACAUCAUUGGUUCGACCAAUGGUGAUGUCCCUACCUUUGCUUAAGCGAGGGAUGCCAGUUAUAAUGGUACAGACCCGAAAGGGGAGGAAAACCGUACAAUCUCAGCCUGCGCCUGGCGAGAGUUCAAGGGGACCUCAGGAAAAGGAACCUAUUCAGAUGGAAGACGAGGAAGAUGAGGAGGAUGAGAAGCCACGGGCAGAAGACGAGCAACAGGCGAGGCAAAGAGCUAUGGAAAAGAACUUGGAGAAAGGGAAGGAUGAGGUGGAAAUAGAGGAGCCUCGAAAGAAGAAGAAUGUGUAUACAAUCCCGGUUGAGAAGAAGAUUGAUUUCGAACAAAUUGUGGAUCAGAUCUUGGAGAGUCAACGGGACUUGGUUACUCUCAAGGAAAUUUUAGUUGUUUCGCCAAAACUCCGUGAGGAUUUUAAGCAGCGCAUGACCAAGAAAAGGGUCAUGACAGUUGAGUUGAGCGAAAUCAUUCCUCCGGAGGCUAACUGGGCUCCUCCAGGGACAAAGAUGGAUUGGCGAUGCGUCGCCACGGGCCACAUGAAGGUUCAAAUUGGUCUGGAUGAAUAUUCUGCCCUUGUGGAUGAUGGGGCAGAGAUUAAUGUAAUGAGAGAAAGGCAUGCGAUUGAGGCUGGUGUACAGAUCAAUCGCAAUGAUUGCGGGUUUCUGAUUGGUGUCAGUGGUGCGUCUCCGUUCUGUGGCACAGCAAGUGGAGUGAUGGUCACUGUUGGGAAGGUCAAGGUGCAAGCGUACUUUUACAUAUUACCGAAAGUGAAACAUGAGGUGCUUCUUGGAAGAUCAUUCUUGUGCCGAACAGAGAGUCUCAUAAUCAACAAGCAUGAUGGCACCAUGUUUGUUGCAUUGAACGACCCAGUUUGUGGAUAUUAUGAGGUGGUGCGGUGUGAAAACACACGACCAGAAAAUUCUCGAAACCGGUUGAAUCCCGAAUCAUUUACCUUCUCAGAAUCUGAGAAGAUGAGAAGGGAAAGGGAGUCAAUUGAGGAAGAGGGGGAUCCUCAAGAAUUCUCCUUAACUUUGCCAGAUAUCUCGCAGGCCAUUGAUUUCGUAUCAACACACCUUGCGAUUGAUCGUCUGAACUUCCAGGCGACUGGAAGCUCAAGCGUUUCGCUUGGGAUCUAAUCAACACUUCGUGCCUCCAGGCUCAGGCUUGAUGUAUCAAAGUGUAGGUACUUGACCUAUCAAUUUUCAUUUCCAAG